AUGUCUGGAAAUCUGCUAGCUGAUAUUCGAGCAUGGACAGCAAACGAAUUUCCCGGUUUCGUUUCUUGCGUGAACAAAUUAACUCAGCUGAAUGAACCCAAUGCUCGAGAAUCGGUUGAUUUGAUCCGCACGCUGCGAGAGCGUUUGCAUCUGCUUCCGGACCAUCUUAUUCGCCAACUGUUCGAGCCCAUGAAUGAUCUGGGCUCAUGGAUUAACUGUGAGAAAACUGUGGCCAAAGAAGUGACGCAAUUGUUGGUCUCGAUAGCAGUCCACUUUAACAGCAUUUCGCAGGAUGUGAUUGACGCGUUUGUUUUGUUUUUGUUUAACAAAACAGAUCCAAUGUCCGAUCGGCCGGAUCACGAUGAGAUGUUGGUUGUUCAGUUUUUUCAACAACUGAUGAAAAUCGCUCCCCAAUCUGAACGUUUCGUAACUGAGCGAAUUUUGAACAAGUUUCCUGGUUGGCGAAAACCUUUGAUCGAUAUUCUGUGGCCCAUGUUGAACAGUUUAUAUUUAUUUUGUUCACCGAGCACUUCAUCAUUUUUCUCCAUCGCAAGCAAAUCAGCUCUCUUUUCCCAACUGUGCAAAUUGUUGAUUGAUUUAGAAUUCAACUUGCAAGACCACCCAGGAGAGCUGCUUUCGUUCGUCACGUCGAUUGAACCACUCAUCGAUUACGACAAUUUUCAGUCCAUGCGUGCAACUAUAUGCGAGUUUCUAACGUCCGAAACGGUAUCUUCAACCAUUGAUAGGAACAAUACUAACGACUGGGUAAAGCUCGAUCUACUGACUUGGCUUCUGUCAUCUCAUCUGCCUGUUCUCUGCGCCGCUACUGAUCCAAAACAGAAACUGGACUGGCCAUUGUUGUGUGCUGUGUUCAAACAGAUGCGCGGAUUGUUUGCACAACACGUGCUACCCGUCAGUAGUUCAUCGUUGAACGCGUUCCCUUUGAUAUGUUCCUUCACAACCACUUUACGCGGGGGAUUGAUGGUCAGUUUUGCCGAGUUUUUAUGGACUUCCGUGAAAGAUGAACACAAAGACAUCGGUAGUCGCACACACGCAUUAUCGUUUCUUACCUUUCUCAUGGCCCGAACUAACGCAUGCUUUUUAGAUCUAGUGGUCGAGCUGUUGCACGAGAUGACCGGCUGGUGUGUGGAUUAUGUAUACAAAAAUCGUAACCGAUUUUCGCACACGAAAGUGUCCGAUUUGGUUCGAACCAACUCUGUGUAUUAUGCAGUCUGUGAUUCUCUGUUCUACACCUUGGUUCAACUGCAUGCUUCUCUAUUCGAUUCUACCUACUACCGAUCGAGCUGUGAUCGUCUACCGCUUGCACAGAUUAUUCUCUCACCUUUGGAUCCUUUGUCACACAUGAAAUCAAAUUUGCGCAUGGCUAUCUCAAUGCUGGUCUCCGCUUACAAUUUUGGCUGGGGCAUGAUAGCAGUGGGAUUGGAACAGAAUUCGGGCACUCAUUUGACUGUGGAACACUUGCAACAGUUGGAACCGAGCAACUUUUUUACACUGCCUUUUACCCCAUUUCCGUUUCGGUUCAGUCAGCCUAUCCUCUCCCGAUUGGUUCGGCCUUAUUCUCUUGGCAAGCCAAUUCAGGCUGUCACAGACUCCUCUUCUGAGAGCGAAUUGCCGGCGCGCAAGCGUCGGAAAGUACCGAACGGAGCAACACAGGGCCUGGAUGUUACCAAACUUUCCCGCAUCAUCAACGGUACCUGA